CUUUGUCUUCUUACAUUACGAUUAAUUAGACCGCUUCCACAAGGAUGGAUAAAGGAUUUUGAUCCCCAAUAUAACAGACCAUUCUACGUAAAUACCAACGUUGAACCACCAGUGAGCAUAUGGGUACAUCCACUGGACGAUCCGAGCUACAAUCAGCAAUCUAAGAGCUCGUUUGCACCGCCAGCUGGACCACCUCCAGAGGCAGCAGGUGGAUCACCGUAUUCGUCUAGUCAUAACUCCCCAAUGCCGCAACCGGGUUCUAACAGCCCGAUGCCACCACCACAACAAACUAGACAAUCGAAAUCAAGUAAAUUCAAAUCUAUGUUAGGUUUGGGAUCAUCUGGAUCUUCCAAGCCGUCAUAUGGCCAGAACUACGCUGGAUACGGACAACCACAACAGUAUGGUAGUUCAUACGGUCAACAGCAGCCAUAUAUGCAACCACAACAAGGGUACAUGCAACCACAGCAAUCAUACAUGCAGCCACAACAGCCAAUGUACGUACAGCAACCAGUCGGUGGGGGUAGACGCAUGGGCGGUGGUAUGGGCAGUAUGCUCCCUAUGGCUGGUGGUUUAGGUGCCGGUAUGCUAGGUGGUGCCUUCCUAGCGCAUGAAUUCGACGAAUCACAACAGGACGCAUAUCAAGAUGGCUACCAGGACGGUGCAGAUGGUGAUUUUGGCGGUGGUGAUAUGGGUGAUUUCUAGGUGGACAUAACGUAUUUUCGCGAUCUUCAAAGUAUGAAUGCACCAAAUGAUAUUAUAUUGUAUUGUAACACUCUAAUUUCCUCUUAAUUGAUGAAAAC